AUGGAUGAGGACGCCGUGUGCGAAAGAGGAGUCGAUGAUGCUGUGUCGUUAGGCAUCCAGAUCGCGCCAGUAAACGCGUCGCGCAGAGAUUCUGAAUUUGCAGAUGAUUCGCCUUCGAACACGGAUCAGCCGAUACGGCCGCGGGACCAGAGACGAAGCUGUCUGAACAACCGAUCGAUCCAACAGGCGACGAGGCUGCCCGAAAAUGUCGUACCUGUACGCUAG